AUGGCUCAGUCUCCACCAUCUGCAUCACCCCCAUCACCCCCAUCAUCUUUGCAGUCUCCUACAACGCCACGAUCACCACGAUCACCACCUUCACCACCUUCACUUCACCAUGUCCGAAGUCCCAGCGUGGCGUCCAACUCGAGCACGCCAACACUCAUUAUCAGCCCGUUUGACUCACCUCUGCGUUCACAGUCAUCGAGUAUUAUCGAUGAGAAGAGACACCAUCAAGACCAAAUGACCUCCUCUAUCCGCUCCUCCUCAAGGUUCAUGGAGUACUUCAACGAAGAGGUUGCUGGAGCCCAUAGCUCGCUCUACCUCCUGGUUUCCUUCUUCACCUCCGGACUCAUCGACAGCGUGGCCUUCAAUGCAUGGAGCUGCUUUGUUGGCAUGCAGACUGGCAACACCAUAUUUGCAGCACUCGGCUUUUCCGGUCAACCUCUCACUGUUCAUCCCAAUGCGUAUCUCAAGUCGAUCACGUCCAUCUUCGCCUUCUGCGCCGGGACUCUCUUCUUCAGCGCGAUGCACCGCAUACCAUGCUGGUUUGACCCGAACCCAACACCUUCUCGUCGUCGUUUCAUUCUCAUCGUCUCCUUCACCAUUCAGACGACCUUCAUCGUCGCUGCGGCCCUCCUGAUCCAGCUUGGCUUCGUCUCUAGUCGACCAUCGGUUUCUGGUGCCUUCAGCUCGGGGAACCAUCUGAGCGAUCUCCCAAACCCCGAGGAAGAGGACAACUACAAAGAUCUCAUAGCCAUUGCUUUGCUCGCUUUCCAAUCCGCAGGUCCCGUGUUCUUUUCGCGUGUCCUUGGAAUCAUUGAAUUGCCAACCAUUGUGCUAAGCACACUCUACUGUGACUUCGUCGCAGAUCUUUAUCAUUUGCCUACUUCCCUGCGGAACAAGAAGUCCUGGUAUAGCUUCUUUUUCAAUGACGAAAGAAGACAGUUCAGACGCUUGGGCUCAAUCCUAAUGCUGUUUCUCGGUGGCCUUGUUGGUGGCUUCAUGUUCCGAAGCCUCGUUGGCAUGGUGGGUGCUCUCUGGAUGGCUUCUGGACUAAAGGGUAUGAUGGUGGUGGGUUGGGUGUUGUGGAAGGCGGAGAAGAAGCCACAAGAAGAGGGUGGAGUCUGA